UGUUUUGUGUUUUUAGCAGUCAACAGAACUCAACGAUAAAACGGUGACAAUGACCAGAUACAGCUUCCAGUGCUAUCAAAUCGGUGCUAAAACUAGCCGAGUUUGCACUGAGUAUAAUUCUGGAUUUUUGCCUCAGUCAAGACCAGAUUAUUUCUUCUUCAAUGUAGGGAAAACUGAAGUGUAUUGUGAAUCUAUUUAUGGUACUGUUUUUGGCUGGAUUGGAGCUAUAAGUGGACGCACAUUCCUACCAGGAGAAUCAGGGACAGUAUCUACAUUAGGAAAUUCAUACUAUGUUGCUGGACAGAAAGUUUACAAUCGUGGAGAUCGUAGAGCCCUUGUCCAUUGCGCCAGUACAGAUGGAUAUUCUUCUUUUGACUUUAAAGCUGACGAGAUUCCAUUAAAAAUUGACAUUAACAACGUGGCAAAAAAAUUAGUAGCUUUUGGUGCUGGAAAAAUUCCAUACGUGGGAGAAGGAUUAUCUGCAUUGAUCAACGUGUUCUGGCCAGACACUAAGCGGUCAGCUUGGGACGAGGUUAAGGAUCAAGUAAUAAAUUUAGUGGACAAUAAAGUGAAGGAAGCAAUUCAAGGAAUACUUGGAGGUGAUUUGAGAUACAUAAAAGAAAGAAUUGCAGUUCUAAAAUUGAGACUAGAUGAUCCUAACUCAAAAGACACUACUAACAAGCAAUUUAUUAACAUAGCAGAAGAUUUGGUUGGAUUUGAAAAAAAGUUCAGUUUCGCUAAAGAAGACAACUCUGAUUACAUCAACAUUAACUACUUUUUACUUCCAUUAUAUUCUACUGUUGUCAAUCUGAAAGUGUUUUUUUACCAGUUUGGUAUUAUAAAUCAAAGUAAAAUCAAACUUACCAAUGAAGAUAUUCACAAUGUAAAGUCUUAUCUAUCAAGAUUAAUUGAGGAAAAAAGUGAUGGUGCAGUAGCUUAUAUCAGCAAUGUUUUUAAUGAUCAAUUAAAUUAUGAAUAUGACCAUUGCUAUCCUGAUGACAUUUUUAACGAUUUAGCUGUUGUACGUCAGUAUUGUGCUAUUAGUGGUACUGAAUUUUUCGAAUUCUGGCGAGGAAUUAUAAAAGAUCCCUUCUCUACUAAAAGACCAUAUAACACAGUUAUUUCCUACUCUACACACUUUUCCAGACCAACACCGUAUCUUGCCAGACAAAUUGUAGCAGAUGAGAUUCAAGCACCUUUACAGCCCAAAUUAAUCAAUGGCAAACGAAAUAGAAUUACCAAAGUAGACGUAUGGAUUUUCAGAAUAGAAGGAGGAACUCCGAAAAUCAAAGGAAUGAAGAUUUUUUACGAAAACGGAGACACUUGCGACUUAGGAGGAUGGUCUAACGAAUCAAAUUCUGUUGACUUUAAAGGAAGUUAUUUAAAAAGUUUAACCGUUUGGGGUAAAGAUGCUUUGGAUAUGUUGGAAUUUGAAUUUAUGGAUGGUAGAAAACAAACUUGUGGUAACAAUUCUUACUCGUAUGACCGACAUCAAAGAUUUGAAUUGGAAUAUCAUCACAUUGCUGGAAUAUUAAUCACCAAUGAUGCAUUUUUCUUGGCAGGCCAAGCGUGUAGUAUUGCAGUGUCUUAUCAGCUGACACCUGACUCAUAACCAUAACUUAUUUGAUUUCAAACCGAAUAAAAUAAAAUAAAUUUGUUCCGCUU